AUGGACAAUCUCUCCGAGAGACACAAGGUUCCCGGUACGCCACCAGAUGUCGCUAAACACUCCGAUUCCACCGAUGCAGACGGCCUUGAAUCGCGCCUUUCAAGCAGCGAGGUGGAUGACUAUGACGGCGAGACCACGUUGUACAACAAGAAAUGCGUGCUUGUGAACCGGCAGAUCGACGCGAUGGGCAUGGGUAGGUACCAGUGGUACGUAUGGACUUUGUGUGGAAUGGGCUAUGUUUUGGAUCUGUUAUGGGCGCUGGCGUUCGGAUUGGUGUUGAGUCCUCUGCAACAAGAACUAGGGUUUGGAAAUGACAAAAGUGGGAAUAUCUCAGUUGCAUUCUCGGCUGGGCUUACAGCCGGUGCAUUUGUCUGGGGAGUGCUUGUUGACAUUCUUGGCCGCCAAUGGUCCUUUAAUCUCACCGUUCUCUUCACUGGCGCGUUUGGAAUUACUCUUGGUAGUCUCGACUCCUACACCUCCUUUCUCGUCAUCACCGCGUUUGUCGGCUUUGGCGUUGGCGGCAACAUCCCUAUCGACACCACCAUCGUGCUUGAGUUCAUCCCCCAGAAUAAGCGCUUCCUGCUCGCUCUCCUCUCCGUCUUCCAGCCCGUGGGCUACGUACUCGCUGCUGCCAUCGCAUACGGCUUUAUACCCUCGCACUCAUGCAGCCCAAACUUCACUGCCGGCGACGACGCCCUCCCGUCAUGCCGUAACGUCGUCGACGGUACGCCAUGCUGCACCAAAGCGUCUAACAUGGGCUGGCGCUACGUGAUGUACACUACUGGCGCAAUCAGCCUCGCCGUCUUCGCGCUGCGCUUCGUCAUCUUCAACUUCCGCGAAAGCCCCAAGUUUCUCAUCUACCGCGGCCAUGACGAAAAGGCCAUUCGCGUCCUCGAACAAGUCGCCGAUUUCAACGGCUCUUCGUGCACGCUCUCCAUGGCUGACUUCGACACCCUCUCCCGCACCCAUUCCCCGCCGACCCCUUCCUCCAUCUCAACCAUCCCAAUUCUCAGCCACAGCACCAAUACAACAACAUCCCCUUCCACCAUUUCCCGCCUCCGCCUAAACCUCCUUUCCGAAGCCCACCGCCUCGCCCUCCUCUUCAGCACACCUACCAUGACCCGCCUCACGCUCCUCGUCUGGCUCACCUACAUCUGCGACUUCAGCGCCUUCACUAUCACCGGCACCUACCUUCCCCGUAUCCUCGCCCUCAAAAACGCCCACCUCGACAAAUCCCUCACCUACACCUACCGCAGUUACAUCUACAUCUACCUGCCCGCCAUCCUCGGCGUCGCCGUCGCCGCAUCCCUCUACCGCGCCCCACGCGUCGGCCGCAAAUUCACCCUCGCCGCCUCCGCAGCCCUGAUGGCCGUUUCCAUCUUCGUCUUCGCCGCCGUAAACACCCCGGGCGCGAAUAUCGCGGCUAGUAUCGCAAAGUACUUCUUUCAGCUCAUGUUCAAUGCUGUCUUGUACGGGUGGACUCCCGAGACGUUUCCAGCACCCGUGAGAGGCACGGCGUGUGGGUUGGCGAGCUUUUGGGGCAGGUUGAGCGGGAUUGUGAGUCCGCUUGUGGCGCAGCAUUUGUAUGCGCGUGUGGGUACCGGUGGGGGUGAGGGUGAUGCGAAUGCGGUGUUGUAUCUUGCUGGUGGGGUUAUGCUGGGCUGUGUGGUUACGACGCUGCUGCUGCCUGGGAGUGUGGUUGGGAAGGAUAGUUUGUAG